CACCAAUAUAGAGAAAGAUGUUGGAGAAGAGAUUGGUAUGCGUGACCGGAGGUAGCGGUUUCAUCGGUUCGUGGCUCGUCCGCCUCCUUCUCAGCGGUGGCUACACCGUCCACGCCACCGUCCAAAACCUCAAUGAUGAUAAAGAAACAAAGCAUUUGAAGUCCCUAGAAGGAGCUGAAUCUCUCCAUCUCUUCCAAAUUGAUCUUCUGGACUAUGAUUCUGUGUUUGCAGCCAUUAAUGGCACUGUUGGUGUUUUCCAUUUAGCUUCUCCUUGUACUGUUGAUACAGUUGAUGACCCUCAGAGGCAAUUGUUGGAUCCUGCAGUAAUGGGAACGAUGAAUGUGCUUAAAGCAGCAAAGGAAUGUGGAGUGAAACGAGUUGUGUUAACUUCAUCGAUUUCGGCGAUUACGCCCAGUCCUAAUUGGCCAGCUGAUGUACCUAAAAGAGAGGAUUGUUGGGCUGAUCUUGAUUAUUGCAAGAAAAAUGGAGCGAGUUUUUCUGUUCACUUUGGAGUGUUACAGAAUGUUUCUUACUUGUUUGAUUUUAGUCCAUUUCACUUAAUUAGUCGAAUAUGUCCGAUUUGACGUGCAAUUGAGUUAGCAAACACUAAGCAUCACUGGUAUUUUAUAUCUAAAAACUAGUCUAGUUUAAUUAAGGUUUAGAUGCAAAAUUGCAACCCCGAAGGUCUAAAGCUGCUUAGUUUGAUUUUUUAUAUGCAACACUGAGUGCUGGAAUCAGAAAUGGUAGGUUCGGCCAUUCCACCACCAGAAACCAUGACUAGACCUCUGCAAGCUAAAGGGGAGUGAGUUUCCAUGAUCACUUGGGAGUUUUUGUAGUUCUGCUAACUUGACAUCAGAGAGUUGGUGUGAGUUUUUAUUUGUAGUUUGUCCCUAUUAAUUUCUAAAGCCUCGACUUUGCCUUGGGUUUGAGUCAUGCUGUCAUGGAGUUGUUUUUAGAAACGUAUCUUACUUGCCUGACCUGGUGCCUGGUGGAUUUCAUUUCACCUUUACGAGUCGGUGUGUCUGAUUUAGCACUCAGUUGAGCUAGCAAAACAAAGCACUACUGAUAAGUCUAAAACUGCUUGAGGUUUAAAAGCUUAUUUUCCAUCCCGAAGGUAUAAGAUUCUGCAUUUUUGGGUACUGGAAUUGAAAUUGGUAUAUUCUGUCGUUCUUGUGCCACAAACCAUGAACGAGAACUAUGGUGUGCAUCAGUAUCUUGAUUUAAGGAACCAAGUUGACUGGAAUUGAAAUGCAAGAAUUUGAUGAAUCACAUUCAUAGUAAAACUAAAAUUCUUGUUGUUUUUGAUAUAUUACGGUGUCCGUAUAUUCAGUAUUUAUGUUGUUAUUGUCCAUUGACAGUUAUGGUAUCCAGCUUCUAAGAUAAUGGCAGAAAAGGCCGCAUAGGAUUUUGCUAAGGAAACAGGGCUAGAUGUGGUAGUGAUCAACCCCGGAACUGUUAUGGGACCUAUAAUUCCUCCCACUGUCGAUGCUAGCAUGUUGAUGCUGAUUCGCCUCAUCCAAGGAUGUACUGAAGAGUACGAGAAUUUUUAUAUGGGACCAGUUCAUGUGAAGGAUGUUGCUCUAGCUCAUAUUCUGCUAUAUGAGAACCCAACGGCAUCAGGAAGGCAUUUGGGUGUUGAAGCUAUACGUCAUUAUGGUAACUUUGCAGCCAAAGUUGCUGAAAUUUACCCCGAAUACAAUGUGCCCAGGAUACCAAAAGAUGCUCAGCCAGGAUUAUUGCCAGCUGAAGAUGGAUCUAAGAAGCUUAUGGACUUAGGUGUAUAAUUUACCUCGAUGGACCAAAUUAAUAAAGACUCAGUAGCGAGUUUAAAAGAGAAAGGAUACAUUUCUUAGAUGUCUGUAACUGCAGUAAAAUUCUUUUGAUGUUACGUAAAACCAAAAGAAGCUCAACAGUAAGUAUGUAUAUAAGUAUGUAUGUCUGGGACUCAUAAGAUGGUGUUUCUCUGCACCUAUCGAAAUUUGUAUGUCUGUGACUUAACAUGUUUGUGAAUCGUUUUACACUCAUAAAAGACACCUAUAUCAUUUAUGCUCAUAUAGGAUUGGAAA